AUGGUAGAGCGACUGCAUGCCGUGGUGCCCGAGUUCAGGGGCAGCCCAGUGGGGCGCCCAGGUACCUUAACCGAGGAGCGGCGAGCUCAGCUGCUUUUGGUGUAUUUUACGCCUUGGGUUUUGGAUGAAAGUAUGGCGCGCCCACCGUUUGUGGUGCAUGCCAGGAAUUUGCAGGCAAUAGACGGUACUGGGAAGAAGUCGUGGCAAGAAGGCUUGAAAAGGUACCUGGCAAGAGGAUGUUUGAGUGAGGAAAUUCGUCAGAUGAUGCAGAAUUUCAUGCUGACCUUCAUGGUGCGAUACCCGACGGCAGCAGGGGAAGAGGAAAGUGAGGAGGGGGAAGAGGACGUUGAACUGCACCCGUCGGGUCCUCAGAUUCUGGCUGUGUGCGUGAGUUGGAGCGAGGCUGUCCUGGAGAUGGUCAUGCCAACAAAGAUAGGGGGAGAUCGGCGCCAGAGAGCAGGAUUGACCCAUUUUGAGAAUUCAACACAUGCGUUUGAGUGCGUUCACAUGCUAUGGCCAGAGUGCGAGAAAGUUUUCGUGGGGCAUGACAGCGUAAAGCAGCAUCGUUGGAAAGAUUGCAAUGCUUGGCUGAACAGUGUGAAGCAGCAUGGAAAAAAGAAGAGAAAGCGGGAUGCAGGGCAACGGCGUGGCGAAGUGGAAGGAGCAGCAAGGUGCAAGGAGGCAGUGUUGGUGGAGGAAGCGUGGGCCUGGUUGGAGCAGAACACUGCGCACUUGAACGCGCAGCAGCGGCUUGUGCUGCAAAAGCAUGUGGACCGUGCCGUGGAGGAGGCGCAGGAGGAGAGGUGCUUGGAGAAAAGCAAGGGGCAGCCCUUGAUGCUGCUCGUUCAUGGUGGCCCAGGGACAGGCAAGUCGGCAGUAAUUUUCGCCUUGAAAAAGUUCUAUGUGGAGGUAAUGAAGUAUGAAGUUGGGCAGGAGCUCUUGGUUGCGUCGCUGCAGGCGUCAGUAGCUGCAAUGCUGGGAGGUGAAACUUUACACCACGUUGCCGGCAUUAAUCCAUUUCAGUCCCAAGGGUCAGCCCCAGAAACAAGCCAUGAGGUGCAGCAGAAAGAGUCGAGCAAGAGGCUGGCAUUUGCGCGGCAUUUGCUUAUAGAUGAAGUGUUCAUGCUUUCUGCGGGCUUCUUUGCAGAAGCAGAGAACCACAUUCGAUCAAAAGUGCCACAGAACGGCUUCUACCGAAAUGCAAUGGACGGUACCAUGCGCCCGUGGGGCGGAUUGAACUUGACGCUCUUUGGGGAUAUUCGGCAAAUAGAUCCACCGGAAGGCAUUGCGCUCCACACCCCACCCCCAUCGUUGUUGACUCGGCCGAAGCCUGCGGCGUUGCCGCCUCUUGCGAUCCAAGGUCUGGAGUUGUUGUGGGGGCAAGGAGUUGAGCUGAUAGAAUUUGACGAGGUCUACAGAUGCAAGGAUGAGUGGUGGCAGCAGGUGUUGACCGAGUUCCGCACCAUGGCCCUGACGGCGGAUACGCAUGCGUUCUUGCAUGGCUUGGAAACGACAGUGCCUGGAUCAUAUUUGAAGGGGCACGUGCGGUGUGGACGUGAAGAUUGCAAGAAGCUUGAGGCUAGUUGGAAGAUUUUGCGUGAAAAGGGAGCAACGUGGAAGCAUUGCCAAGGUAUGGAGUGCAAAGAGUGUGCAAGCGAACGGAAAAGUCGGUGCCGAGUCCUGCUGGAGAACACCCCUGGGGCGUAUGCCUUGGGGGAGGCUUGGAUGCACGCAGGAGCGAAGAUAGCAGUUUUCAAGGAUGCACCGUGCAUUGUACCGAACAAUGACACGCGCACCGAAAUCAACAAGGCUCGCAGUCGGCGAUUCGCGGCGGAGAGAGGGCAACAGCUGCAAUGGUGCAUGGCUGAGGAUGUGAUUUCGGUGAGAGCACUGAACAUUGAGCCGGAUCUAGCCAGGCGAAAGGUGGAGUUCUUGCGUCGAACUGACAAAUCAUGUGGAGACUUGUCAGGCAUUGUGCCCUUGGCGAGGCAGAUGCCCAUGUUCCUGACGCAGCACAUUGACAGAGACCCAGAGAGGAACCUGCUGAAAGGAAGGCGUUGCAUAAUAGAAGAUUGGGUCUUGGAUGAGCUGGAAGUUGAAGGCGACAAGGACGCCAGAGAAGUGGUGCUGACACGUCCGCCGGUUUGUGUGAUAGUUUCCUUUCCAGGGGCAACGUGGCAGCUGCCUGGCAUGGCGCCUGGGAUGUAUCCAAUCCAGGUGUGCAAAAAGGAUUGGUAUGUUGAUCAGAAGCAGAGGUAUCCCAAGCUCCGAGUUACUCGCAAGCAGUUGCCAUUGUGCCCAGGAUUUGCGGGCACAGCAAACUUUGCGCAGGGUCAGAAUUUAGGUAAGGUUUUCGCAGAUGUCAGCAUUGCUGAUGGGACGUCGGGGCAGACUUGUUACGUGGCCCUAUCGCGUGUGAGCACACGCGCAGACAUAUUCCUGCUGCGGGCCUUCCCACUUGCCAUGUUCAGCAAAACAGGCAAGGCAGUGCCAGAGCUGCUGCUGCGGCAUUUGAAGAAGGAAGAAAUUGACUGGGAAGGGGUGACUGAGCAACUGCUUGGACAGGAGAAGGGGUCGGGAAGUGCAGCUUGGAAGCCUUGGCUUGAAUGUGCCACUUGUGGUUUGAAGCCAGCAGUAGAUUUUGAAGAUUCAGAGUUGGAGAAGGGCCGAGAGAGGCAGUGCAGAGGCUGUGUGGCGAAGCAGGGGCAAGGCUUGUGUGAGAAAUGUCAGAAGCCUAUGGAAGUGGGCGUGAGAGGCAAGACAUGUAGCAGGUGUGCAGGCAGCUGUGAAGCUUGUGGGGUCGGUCUGGCAGCCGGUGGCAUGGGAAAGCGUUGCCAAGAUUGCGCUCGGAAAGUGCAGUGCGAGUGUUGCAAGGAGUGGAUGCGAGGCCGUCGUACAGUACGGCAGUUGUGCGAGAAUUGCCAAGAUGCAAUGGAAUGUGGGAGGUGCACAAGAAUGAAGCGCAAAUCGCAGUUCGCCGAAUGCGAGCGGAGGACACCAUCGGCAAUAAAGAAGAAGCAGAAGAGGAGAUGCAAUGCCUGCAUAGCAGAGGAAACGGAAAUCUAUACGGAAAUGAGGAGGAAGAGUUGGAAGUGA